GAACUGAACAUUGUGACCUAGUGAAGUAUGGAGUUACCGUAACCAUUACAGUUCUGUGCUUACUUGGUUUGAGAAUUCUACCCCUGGAAAACAAAAAAGAAGAAAAAAGAAUCAAGAUCUGUGAUGGCUUCUGCAGAAUAUCAUUCCAAGAAAGUUGUUAAUGAAGAUACAAAUGAGAGUAACGAUGAUAUGGACGGUGUGUGUAGUGACAGUGAGAAAAUGGGCUUCAUUGCAGCAAAGGAAGAUGAAGACAGAGAGAGUACAAUUGACAUUGAUGAAGAGGAUAAGAUCAGUGACAAAGUGGAAGCAGCUGUUUUGCGGAUGCUUAAAAAAGAGGUAGAUAGAGAAAAAGAAGUCAACAACAUAGAUUACAGUCGCAUUGAAGAAGAGAAACAGGAAGCAUCACAAACUGAAGAUGAAGAUUUCAGAGCUGUCCAGCAUGAACAUGAUUCUCAAAGCCAUGGAAUGAGAAAAUGUGAAUUUCUGAAGAAGUUGAGGAUACACAUUUGGGCAUCCCUAUCAAAGGCUAAGUAUGUCAGUCUGUUAAAAGACUUUGUUGAGUCUGAAUUCUUUGUAAUAGAUGGGGAUUCCUUACUACUUAUGUUUAUAGAUAAGAAAACACAAUAUCUAAACUUCUUCUACCAAAUUGAAUGCUUUUUGCAUGAUUUCGCUGAAAAAGGAGCAAAAUACGUCAUUACUUUCUUCAAGGAUGCAGAGCAGAUGUUCUUUCAGUAUCCUCAUUUUCUUUUCUUACGUACUGCAUUAAUAGAACACCUGAGGCAUAAUACAAGCAUAACUGUUCAUACAGAAUUUUCCAAUUGUUUAUCAUCCAAAUGGGAGAUGUUCCUGAAGCAAAGCUAUCCUUACUUCAUCAUCGUAUCUGACACAGGACUGAGCUCUCGCCAAACAGACUUUUUAUCUAUUUUAAUUGCUCAUUCAUUGUCAAAGAAAAUCAAUGUUGUGCUUGCUUCAGGACAGGAGUAUGAUCUUCUUAGAGUUUAUGGAUAUCACGUUCAAAGUUUAUAUAAACACAGAUCAUUUUUUCAAAUGGUUUGCCAGGCUAUCCAUUUGUUGAAACAACUGUGGCCUGAAGGAUCUGAUAUUCGCCGUGUGGUCUGUGUUCUUGCUUGUGCUGUGGGAUUAAAAAUAUACAGCAGCAUGCUGGGAAAUGCAGAUACUCCUAUGGGAGCAAACAGAAUGCAAUCAGCAAGAAGAAGAAGUAAACACCUAUCUCCUGAAGAAGCAGCUGACCUGUGCAGAAUGCAAUGUCUCACAGUGACUUUUCUUCUUCAUAUGCCUCUUUCACAGAGAGCUCAGAUUAGGGACAUGAAAUCCUACUGGACAAAGCAAGUUUUACCACUGUUAAAAAUGCAACAGUUGUGUAUGCAUUUUGCUCUGGUACAGCUAUGUGAUACAAACGAUUGGAAAUUGGAUUUAACUUACCUGCCUGAUUUAAAUGAUGAUUCGCUGCUCAUAAAUCUUGCACAUUACUAUGAGGUCGAAUACACUAAAGGAUUAGAGUUCCAAAAGGAUUUGGGGAAAGAAAUGGAGAAUGACUACCAAUUUUUAUGGGACGCUGUAAAAAAAUUGGCAGUGAAAUACAGUUUUGGAGAUGCUUUCCCAAUACGAAAAACAUCCCAAGUAUUUCUUGAACAGGAGCAGACAUUAUUUAGAGUCUGUGAAGAAGAAAUUCCUAACAUUGGACUAAUCCCAGUGAAAUCUGAUCUUGUUCAAGAUUAUGUUGGAGAUGUUUUGAAAGACCUACCUGUUUUAAAAAGCAAUGACCCUGCAAUUACUUCACUUAUUAAAUACAAGGAAUUCGAUGAACGUCGUCACUGGCAUUCUGAUAGACCUUUGACUGAGGAAUAUGAGCGAGUGCCAUGCAAUGCUGAUGCAAAAUCCAAAAGUCCAAAAGAAAGAAGAGAAAUACAGAAGUUACAGACUUUUCGUCACUUUUAUGGAAGCACUCUGGAAGACAGCCCUUCAAAACAUAUUGUAUAUCAAGAGCAUGUGUCAGAGAAUGCUAAUUCUGCUGUCAAAAAGGCACAAAAGAAGCACAAAAGUAAAGUGGAAAUAAUUACAGAGGAAAACAACAGGCGACUAAAAGCUAAGGAAGAAGAUAAAGAACAGAAGCAAUGGCAAGCCUUAUAUAUGACAACUGUAAAGGAAAUAAAAGAAAACCAGACUGUUGGAAUAAAUAAAUUGGAGAAGUUUCUCAAGACCUUUAAAAGUAAAUCUGUGAAGUUCAGCAUAGAAAUGACAGCACUGUCUGCCUGUUUACAAGUGUGGAAGAAACACUGCAAAGAGCAAGGAAAGAAAUCUAAAGAUUUAAGCAAAGCUGUUCAAGUCAUGAGGAGAAUUCAUAUCCUUCUUGAAAAAUAUCAAGAUCUCUUGGAGGAACCACAUCUACAAAAGCUGACCAAAUAUCUAAAACUCCUUGGAUUUGAGAAUUUGGCAUGCUCCCUGUCUGGCCAGACAGGAGAAAGCAGUAAUCAGAAUACAAGCAAAUAUGCUAUUGAAGUGGGUUCAGCUCGCUUUCAGCUACAAUACAUGGAUUAUUACUUGCUCAGAGAAGAGAGAAAUGAUCCAGAUCCCCGAGUGCAACAUUUCAUACCAGACACAUGGCAGCGAGAACUUCUUGAUGCUGUAGAUAAUAAUGAAUCCGCAGUGAUUGUUGCUCCCACUUCCUCAGGAAAAACAUAUGCAUCGUACUAUUGCAUGGAAAAAGUUCUGAAAACAAGCAACGAAGGAGUAGUUGUGUAUGUUGCUCCUACAAAGGCCCUUGUAAACCAAGUGGUAGGAACUGUAUACAGUCGAUUCACCAAGAAACUUCCAGAUGGAUUGGCAGUGUGUGGAGUCUUUACACGAGAUUAUCGCCAUGAUGUCAUGAAUUCUCAGAUACUAGUGACAGUGCCUCAAUGCUUAGAAAUUUUGAUGCUGUCUCCUCGUUGCCAGAAAUGGACCCAACGAAUACAGUAUGUUAUAUUUGAUGAGGUACAUUGUCUUGGUGGUGAAAUUGGAGCAGAGAUUUGGGAACAUCUUCUGAUAACAAUUCGAUGUCCAUUUUUGGCGCUCUCUGCUACUGUUAGUAACCCGGAACACCUAACUGAGUGGUUACAAUCUGUGAAAAGGUAUUGGCAACGUGCUGAGAAUAAAAUAGAAGGAAGCUCUACAAACUCUGAAAAGAACUUUACAAGACAAUGUAAAGUGAAAUCUAAAGUACAAGAACAAAAGAAAUCAUAUCGUGUUAGACUAGUCUUGUAUGAAGAAAGAUACAAUGAUUUGGAAAAGUAUGUGUGUUCUCUAAAGGGUAGCGAUUUUACCAUUGAACACUGUCAUCCAUGUGCUGCAUUAACAGUCAAUCAUAUUGAGAACUAUGGCAUUCCUUCAGAUCUUUCUCUGUCUCCACGAGAGAGCAUCCAGCUUUAUGACACAAUGGCAAAAGUCUGGCAAGACUGGCCAAGGGCACAGGAGCUAGAUCCUGAGGAGUUUGUCUCUUUCAAGAAUAAAGUAGUAAUAAAAAAGGCAGAUGCAAGGAAAUAUGAACAGGAACUGAAGAAAGAACUAAGCGAAUGGAUUGUGCUUGGCCAAAGGCAGAAGGUGAAUGAACUACUGGAGCACCUUAAACCAAAAUCUGUGGAUUGCUCAGAACAGCAGAAGUGGGAACAUUUUGCAAACUUUGUUGAUAAAUUACAUGAGAUGGAUAAGUUGCCUGCCAUAUUUUUUAUAUUUAACAUCCAUUCAGUCGAAUGUGCAGCCAUGACUGUAUUCUCUAAAUUGCUGGAAAAACAAGAAAGUAUACAAGGUCCAGAUCCUGAGAGGGAAGAAGAGCAUUUAAGGGAAAAACUAAGAAAAGUGACCAAAAUGCUAACAAAAUUCCCUGAGGAUACCAAAAAGUUGAGCCCUCAUAAAAUGAAAAGCAUGGAACUUCUUUCAACUAAAAAAACCAACCUAGAAAUAAGGCUUAAAACACUAACUACUAUCCCUUCUGUGUGUACUUACGCUGACCAUAAAGCAGUGGAUGAAGAUACUUUGAGGAAGAUUUUUCAUCGUCUUAGGUUUGAGAGAAGAGGUUAUCUGCAGGAAAUGAUGGCACUGAGGGGAAUUGGGUAUCAUCAUGCAUCUAUGUCCGCUAAGCAAAGACAAGUAGUGGAGAUGCUUUUCAGGCUGGGAUACGUGAAGGUAGUCACAGCUACUUCAUCUCUUGCUCUGGGAAUCAACAUGCCAUGUAGAUCUGUUGUCUUUGCUGAAGAUUCUGUCUUUUUAGAUGCCUUAAAUUACAGACAGAUGUCAGGGCGUGCUGGAAGACGGGGACAAGAUAUGAUUGGAAAUGUGUUCUUCUAUGACAUCCCACUGCCCAAAGUUGAAAGACUUAUCAAAUCCAAUGUACCUCAGUUGAAAGGCCAAUUUCCUCUGACUAUUUCCUUAAUAUUGAGACUCAUGCUGUUGGCUGCAAAGGCUGAUGACAAAGCAGAUGCUAGAGCAAAGGCUUUGUCAGUGUUGAAGCAUUCACUGAUGUCAUUCAGAAAAGAAAGAUAUGCUGAAAUAUUAAAAAUUUAUUUUGUGUUUUCCUUGCAAUUUCUUAUCAAAGAGGGCUACUUGGAUCAAGAAUGUAACCCCAUAGGAUUUGCUGGACUUGUGACACACUUGUACUAUCAUGAACCUUCAAAUUUCGUUUUAGUGAGCUUUCUUGUGAAAGGUUUAUUGCACAAAUUGUGCCAGCCAAUUAAAGGUAAAUAAUACUCCAUUCAAGUUAAUUGCAAUCUAUGGCAGGCUCUGUAACCUCGAUGAUACUGGGUACCUUCUUGCUGCUGCUACCUUUUGCUUGCCUCACCUUCAUCUUCAGAUCCUUGACCUCUGCCUCUACACACUCUGUGUAUGCUUAUAUUUCUGUCUGAGAAAGCCAAGGCACACAUCUGGCAAUGCUGGUAUCAUGAACGUAUCUUUGCUGUUUGUGAAACAUUCUGGUGAGGUAAGAAGUAAUGCCAUACAUAGAAAAAUUAAUAAUUCUGACUCCAGAGUUAGAUUUUAGUUCUAUCAAGCAAAUAAAAUGGAUGACUCCUCUGAAUAUCAACAAAUCAAAAAAGUAAGUACUACUAAUAUCUCAUUACCUGAGUUAAAUCUAUUGUGUGCACUGAGAUAUGGUACAAUAUGUUAACAUAUA